AUGAAAAAUGAAGACUGUUUCAUUCUCAAGCUUGAAACAAGUUCAGACAUUCUCAGAGCACAAAGCACAACCAACACAGAAAUAGUCCAUCAUACAAUAUGGGGAUACUUCAGCCAAAGAACAGGUCUCCUCAUACAAUUUGAAGACACGAAAUUGAUACGUAUGAAGGCCACUAAGGGUGCUGAAAGCGUGUUUCACGAGACGAGCAUGAAAUCCGUGCUUGACGAUUGCAGUUUCGGGUUCAAUUACUUGUCUGAGCUCUGGACAAAUCGAAUUGCUAAGCGAGCUCUGAUAUUGAUUCUUGAUUUCGAUUUUAUAAGGAUUCAUUUGCAUUUGCGAGUUGCCUUCAUCUGGUUAUAUCAAUGCCCUCAUAGGAGUUUGGUGUAA